AUGCACUUCACCACCCUCCUCCCCGUCAUGGCUUUCGGUGCCGCCCUUGUCCAGGCCGUCCCUGCUGACGACCUCGUCGCCAGAGGUGCCGUCUGUGUUGACAGCGACAUUGCUCGUGUCCGCUCUGCUGAGAGCGCUCCCUACACCUUCUGUAACAACUGGAUCACCGCCUCCACCCACAGCUCCUCGCCCAUCAGCGGCUUGACCAUGAAGCGUGUCUCGGCUGCCUGCCAGUGUAUCGUUUCCGAGGCCAAGAAGGCUGCUGCUUCCUCCUCCAAGGCAUCGGCCGCAUCUGUUGCUUCCAAGUCCCGCGCUUCGGCCUCAUCUGUCCUCUCUGUCUCCAGAGCUUCCGUCUCCAAGUCCAAGGCCUCCGUCGCCUCUGUCUCUAAGGCUUCGCGUGUCUCGGUCGCCUCGGUCUCCAAGGCCUCUGCCAUCUCUCGUGUCUCGGCUGCCCAAGCUUCGGCCGCCUCUGUCAAGUCUGCCAUCGCCUCCAAGUCCAAGGCCGCCGUCUCCAAGUCGCGCGCCUCUGUUGCUUCGGUCUCCAAGGCCUCGGCCGUCUCUCGUGUCUCGGCCGCUCAGGCUUCCAUGUCCUCUUCCAAGGCCGUCGCCGCUUCCAUCUCUCGCGCCAAGGUCUCUGCUUCCCAGGCUUCGGUCAUCUCUGCCUCCAAGGCUUCGCGCUCUUCGGUCAUGCUUGCUUCUCAGUCUAGCGCCCACAACGUCGCCGCCUCCAAGGCUUCCGUCUCCGCCGCCUCUGUUGCCUCUGCCAAGUCCGUCGCUGCCUCCAUCUCCAGAGCCGACGCUUCUUCCACCAGACUCGCCGCCGUCUCUGCCUCCAAGGCCUCUGCUGCUUCGGUUGCCUCUUCCAUCUCCUCCAAGUCUGCCGCUUCUGCCGCCUCCGCUGCCUCCGCCGCCAAGGUCUCCAGCGUCGCUGCUCGCUCUUCUUCCAACGCUGUUGCUUCUGCUUCUUCCAUCUCUGCCGCUUCCGUCUCCCGCGCUUCAGUCUCUGCUGCUCGCGCCUCCGAGGCCUCGGUCGCCAGCUCCCAGUCGGUUGCCUCCAAGGCAUCUGCCUCGUCCGCCAUGUCUGUCUCGCGCGCCUCUGUCGCCUCCGAGUCCCGCGCCGCUGCCUCGGCCUCGCGCGCCUCGGUUGCCUCUGCCUCCAAGGCAUCGGCCUCUGCCUUUGCCACUGCCAUUGUCCCCUUCAACGGCACCACCAACGCCCGCCACUAA